CGUUGUGGUUAUGUUCUUUUCAUCUUCAUGGUCACUGGCAUAUUCUUUUUUGUCUCUACGAGGCUCUUCCUCGGUUUCGGGUGGAGUAGGCAGCCUGUUAUCAACUGGAUAUUGCAAUACUGGCCGUUUUCCCUUGUCCUCGAAAGAGGACUCGGGUGAUUGACGAGAUGGGCCCUGGUCCAUCCGUGGUGGCACAAGUCCCUGAGUGGUUGGUGUAGAAGGGGUGAGGGGAGUAAGUGGACUAUAUGCAGAUGUAAAGUAGUUGCCGGGAUGCAGUGGACCAGGGGGUCGAGCCAUCUGGUAGCUCAUCAUGGCCUGGUACAUCUGUGCAGCGACAAGCGCAGCGGUUAUAUUCAGUGGAUUUGGUACCGAUGACAUGCCGAAUUUGUACGAGACGAAGGAGCGACGUGAAGGACUGCCACCGAGAGAGAGGUAGAAGGGGGGUUGAACGGUCGAUAACACAAGAGAGGGGUUAAGAGAGGGCAGGGAAGGUUGAAGGAGUGAGGUUCGUGGGAUAAUCCACGGCAGGAGUCAGCGUUUUAAAAAUAACCAGGAGCGGCCACAACCAGGAGUACUGUUUGCUGCUGGUCGCAGUGGAUCAAGAGAACAACGUUGAAGAAGUUUGCCACUUGACGCUGAAUAUUAAUGCAAAUGCAUGAAUGACCUGGCUUCCUAUUCUUCUGCCACUAGAAGACGAGACGAUCCACAAAUGAAAAAUGAGAGUGGCCUUGGAGUGAAUUGCAAGAAUGGGCACCUACUCGACGAUUCAGAAAAAAAAAGUGGUGGUUUGGGAUAAAAUUAAAGUUACGUCCUCAUCUAGAUCGUCGUUUUCCUCCAGCCGAGCCUCGAUUCUGACAAACGAAAUAUGCACGUCUCGAUAGCACAAAUCACUGUCCUGCAACUGUGUAAAGUAUGCAUGAGUGAAGGUACAGAGUAGGGACAAAGAAGCACCAAGUGCGAAAUUAGCGGGAUAUGCCAGCCACUUCUAGCCUUGCGGCACCAAACGGUGUCUUUCAUUUCAUUCAUCCUCAUUCAGUGUCUCUUCAGUCUUGCUGGCCUCUUUAUCAUUCAUUUAAUCGACAGUACCACCAUCAAGCCUAGCAAUGCACACAAACUCAAACAGUGAAGCGAAGUCGUCAGCCCUCCUCGCACACAUUAUCUCUCAGACACAAUCCAACAUCGAUUUCCUCGUGUCGCAGAACUACCUGCGCGCAUCGGAUGCAGCAGGUAUACUAUCCAAGCUUUCUGCACUUUCAGAAGAAGGUGCUACAAGUGAACGGCCUGGUGUCAGCAGGAAUGCAACGGGGAACAGUGGAAAUGGACGUACUGAGGAACAGGGAAGAGGCAGCCCUGUGUUGAGUGUGGCAGAACGUAUGCGACACUUGAGCGUCAAUGGGCAUGUCAAUGGGGAGCGAGAUGGUAUUGAAAGGGCGCCAUCUCCGCCUAAGGCCGUAAUGUCGACGAGUCUGAGACGGGCUGUCCCACCACCUGCACCUGCACCACGAACUCCUCAGGCUAGGGCUUUAUGGGAUUACAAUGAAAACGGCUCAGAUCCGAACGACCUCUCCUUCCGUGCAGGAGACAUAAUCGACAUAGUCAGCGAAACAAACGCAGACUGGUGGACAGGUCGCAUUAAUAACAAGCAAGGUCUUUUCCCAUCUAAUUAUGUCGAGAAACUACCCUCUGCUUCUGAUAAUGGCUCAAGGUCACCAAUUGGUGCACCUAUUCCUGUACCCGAGCCAAUGGGCGGAAUGUUCGGCCAGCCUUCGAGGACACCGAGUUACUCUUCUUCUCCGGCCCCACCCUUCCCUAAUGCUGGACCUGCAUCUUACAAUAGACCACCCCAGCCAAGCUGGCAGGCACAACCAUAUGGAUACGGAAACGAGAAGCAACAACAAAUGUACGCCCCACCUCCUCAAGGUCCUCCCGCCGCACCUCCACCUCCUCAGGCGGAACCAAAGAAAAGCAAGUUUGGUGGACUUGGCAACACGAUGGCAAACUCUGCUGCUGGAGGUGUGGGCUUUGGUGCUGGUGCUGCUGUUGGCAGCGGGAUCAUCAAUUCUAUUUUCUGAAUAUGAGGAUUUGGAGUUUGUGGAGGAUGCCACCUUCGUAAACUCAGUAGUCAUUUUAGAUCUUCACACCCCUAUCCCAGCGAUCCAUUUGGACGUGGACAGACGUUUUUGGUCUUCAUUGUAUUGUACUCUCCUGCCUGUGAUCCGUUUGAGCGAAGACACAUUUCAUUCACCUUGCACACCGUCUCGUCACCCCUUUUACCCCCUAUUUAUAUUGCAUCUGGAUCAAGUUGGACCGUAUCUUGCGUCUGGUUUGGUUGUAAAAUAGCCAUUUUAGUACAUAGAAUAUUGUUUCACUCUGCUUUCUUGCUUUCAAUGUCGUCACCUUGUGAGUUUGACGUGUUUGCCAGGUGCUUCGUUGAUGCACUUUUCUUGGUCCG